CGAUACUAGCUCCAUCGAAGUUAUAAUAGACAUGGAUAAUUAAUGAUCGGUGCCGCAUCCCCCGCAUACAAAUCGAUCCAAUGUCAAGAUCCCCACCAUCGCCAGGCGCGCCAGUUCGCACUGUGUGUUCGCCACAAGCUUGGGCGUCUGUGCACAGUAAUCGGGUUAUCUCUCGCACUAAUGGAGGUUUCGUUGCGGCUCCGAUAUAGAACUUUUUUGCGACACUGCGGAAGCGGUUUUCCAGCAACAUAAAAAGGCCAGACAAUGCCAAAACGAAAGCGCGGGGAGCCCAAUCUUGGGGAUAAGCUUGAAAAGCACUGUAAUGAUGUCUCAAAGGCACUCAAGGCUGCAAAGGGCCUAGAGCGCCAGCGAUAUAGUAAGAGACUUCAUGAAGAUGGAGUUGAGCCUGAUAAGAAGGAAAGACUGGAACGAGAGGUGACGGUCUUGAAGUCUCUUGACCUUCAUCAAACAGCGCGCGCUCACCUCUACUCGUCGAUCCUCAAAGUCAAAGACCUUGCUGCAUCCACCGACCUCCCCGAAGAGAUUCGCACCGGCGUUCCCAAACCCGAGCUUACUCCCGAAGAACAGGCUGCGCUACACAAUGUUACCAGUGCACUAUAUAAUCGUGAACUCGUCAAACAAGCCAUCACCCGCGCCAUCAACACCUUCUGCCAGGCCCUCGACGUCCCUCUACCCGGAAAGGCGAAACGCGUACGAAAGUCCAAGAAGGAAGAGAAAGAGGAACAACCGUCUGAUAGGAUAGAAGGGGAGCCCAAGGCUGAGGCUAGAGCUGCUAAGGAAGACGUGCGAGCGUCAAUUGAGAAGGAGGAUGAGGUUGAAGAGGAAGAGUCGGAAUUCGAGGGGUUCUCAGAUCAUGACGAUCCUGUUCAGGAACCUGAAGAGCUUGACAGUGAAGAUGAAGCGAAGGAAGAGAAAUUUUUGUCCAAGUAUGAUCACUUGCUAGGCGGCUCUUCCGAUUCUGAAGACGAAGACGAUUUCGACGAUGAGAGAUUCGAGCGCUUCAAGGGCAAAGAGAAGGUCAAUCUCGACGACAUAUCCGUUUCUGGCUCAGAUGCCGCACCAGCGCUCGGUUCCGAAUCAGAGGAAGAAGAAGAAGAACUCUCUGUCUCAGCUUCGCCCUCGCCACCUCCAGCCAAGAAGAAGAAGAGCAAGGACAAGGCAUCAGCACCCGCUCGUCCUCGUGACUCGACCUUCCUACCCACACUCAUGGGUGGUUACAUCUCAGGUUCUGAGUCCGCCUCCGACGUUGAUGUUGCCCCAGCAAAGAAACGUCGCGGCCAACGAGCCCGCCAGGCAAUUUGGGAGAAGAAAUUCGGUAACAAGGCCAAGCACUUACAAAAGCCUGCUUGGGAAACACAACGCGGCCGUGAUUCUGGAUGGGAUGGUAAGCGUGGUGCUGUAGAGCCAGGAGAUGGCCCGCGAACGCCCUGGAAGAAGGGCAUUCGCAAUCCUCUUGCGGCCAGGCAAGGCGGUAGUGCCGGAGCGGAGAGCAAGCCUGAGGUGAAGAGGCCGCCUCCAAAGAAGGAUGAUGAAGGACCAUUGCAUCCCAGCUGGGCAGCGAGGAAGCAAGCAAAGGAUGCAGAGAAGACAGCGGCAUUUGCGGGAUCCAAGAUUACAUUUGACUAGGCGUACUCUAUAUAUAGCGAUACCAGGAGUAAUAAAAGUUUAUUUCCUAAAGGAUAUUCUCUAUGAUGUUUCGGAGGUCGUUCUAGCAUGCACAUACACUGGUAAGCCACCCUCCAUCGGAAGAGUCAAACUACUUUUGCUCACUCUCUCGCCUUCGAAAGCAGGUUUGAAGUCAAACAGAGGUACCAACCUCGCCAAUGUCUGCACAGCAACCAAUUGUGCCAUCUUCUUCCCCAGGCAUACUCGAGGUCCGCCAUUGAAGACAGGAAACUCGGCUGCUGAACGCUGCAUAACUGUCACAUCACCAGAUGGAGACGUAGUUAGCCAUCGCUCUGGGCGAAACUCAUCUGCAUCAGGACCCCAAGUUGUGUGAGAGCGGCCCAUUGCCCAAGCACACCAUAACACGACAGCACCUUUUGGGAGGAAUGUUCCAUCGGGAAGGAUCGUUUCUUGCUGAGCUUGUUUGAUUUCGAAGGGGAUGGGAGGUCGAAGGCGGAGGGUUUCGUAGAAGACUGCUAGGACGUAGGGGAGUCGUACCGGGGUAAGAAGUUCAGGGUCGUUCUCAGAGUCAUCUUGGUCUCUGACUUCAUCCCGUAGGUCUUGGAUCGACUGGCAUAGCUUGUUGGUCACUUCUGGGUGCUUCAUGAGCAAAUAUAGUGUCCACGUAAGUGCCUGAGCAACGGUAUCUCUCCCUGCCGAAAGAUAAUUCAGUGCAGCAUCUGCUACAAGGUCGCCGUCGCCAAUUGCAUCCAAUAAAGACUGAAUGAGACUUCCUGGCGCAUCGGACUGGGUCUUUCCCUCCGUUUCCUCGCGAUCAGCCACUGCGCUCUUGACGAUCCGCUGCCCAUACGCCUUGACAGUUCUAAUAGAACGUCGCAUUCGAGUUCCAAAGAACAUUUCUGUCACAAACCAUAGUGGGUUCUGGAACCUUUCGGCUGUAGCUCCUGAAGCAUGCUCAAAAGCAACAGUAAAAUCAUCGUCGGCGUGCAUCUCCAUGUUGUAUGCCAUUCGUCCCAUGAGCUGCGUCGUCACUUCGUGGAUCACGGCCUGUAAGUCCACUACGUCUCUCCCGGCUUCUUUGCCCUUGAGAACGUGAAUGGCUUGUUCUAGGUACUCUGGUAAUCGGUCACUCGUCAGAGUCUUCAAAGCAGCUGUGGAGAGAAAUCGUAGACCAGCCUUGCGCUGCAGGCGCCAGAACUCGCCGUCCACAUUGAUGAUGCCAUGACCGAAUAAGUCCCAAGAUCGCUGUUUGAAGAAUUCUCCCUUUUCAAAGAUUCCCUCGUGGCGGAAGAUGAACUCUAGGUUCUGGGGAUUGUUGAUAAUGACACCAGGUGGGAGAGUAGGAACAGUGAUAUGCAGAGUUUCAUAGCCAUACAGACGCUCGCAGCGAUGGAACCAGGAAAAGAGACGUUGGCGAGGCUGAAGGAAUAUGAUA